AUGAUCACUGCCUCUUCGUUCCUUGUCUCGCGCCAGCGGCAACCUCAACGUCAUUCCUCCCAACCCAAGCAGGAACUCCAUAAACCAACAACAAAACCUCCACAGAUGCAUCUUCGCCCACCACUCUCGAAACUCGACCACUUCACAUCCGAUCCAAUUCUGACAACUCCUAUCAACACAUCGUCACCAUCGCCUUCUUGGCGCCCAGAAACAGGAUCCUUUCGUGUUAAGGAUGCCCAGGAAACACCAAGCAGAUACACUAACACUACGAAACCCGUCAUCGAAAUGCCUUCCACCGCUCCCUACGUCCAGGCAAUGCCCUCGAGCCCUGUUCAGAUUCCCGUGAGGCCGAGGUCGCGCGACGCCGCCCACCAGCAGAAGCAGCAUCGCCACCAUGUUGAACGGAGACAUCACUCCUCGCACCGUCCCAAGGAUGUGCACUCCCCCGAUGCUAUUCCGCCCUCGGUGGCCGCCCUACUAGCCAUGACGAGCAUCCCGAAACCAAGGGCUGCCCGAAGCGCUCGUCGGGCCAAGACUCUUGAGGAGAGGAGGAUGACAGUCGAGUCCAUCAUUGCCCAGUCACACGAGUCUGAGAAGGAGUUCAGUCUUUCGUUGGGCAACAAAGGCCCUAUGGACCUGCUUCUAACGCCACCCGAGCUCCUGGAGGACGAUGAUUCUUCCUCCAUCAGUGAUAGCAACAUUGGGUCCUUACUCUCGGCCAGGACUAUCUCUUCAGACUCGAUGCCAUCGCUUAGCGAUUCUUUCGACACCGACACGCUUUCGUCAUUGGAAACACCCCCUACACCGCGCAGGAGACGCAACACCCAACCAACCAGACGGUCUUUGGAGCCCGUAUCGUCCCCCAUGGGAGAGCUGGAGGACCACCCAUUGUCAUAUCCCGAGAUUGCGGAUGACGAGUUGGAUUUCCGCGUUUUCGAGGACAAGCAGGAAGAGGUGGAGGAAAAGAAACAGUCCAGGCUCGCCUUCAGGCCCUUUAAGUCGGUCUUCAAGUCGAACCUUACUGCGUCAUUGCGUGCGCUUCGUCAAGCCGCCAGGUCCUUUUCGACGCUGAACUUCCCGUCCAUUCCUCCAGAGGACUUCCUAACCCGAUCGAUCUUGACACUCGACCCACAAGUCCCUUUUACCGAUGAACGCAGACCUCCGCUGCUCGAGGAGGAGCCGACGGCCGCUCUACGUCGCUACCUUAACCCGACUACGACCGUUCGGCUGGAGCAGCCUCACUCUGCCACCCAGGCGCCCACUACGAAAGCUUUCACGGCGUCUAUCCAGAUGCAAACGUAUAGGGUCCAGCGAGCCCGGGGCUCCUCUGCUUCCUCCAGCCGGGUCCCUUGCCCAUCCGUCGGUCUCUCAUCUUCGCCGCAAGCGCAGCAACCCUCCAACGCCAAACCCGAGUAUCCUAUGCCUGGGCCAAGACAGCGCGAGAUGCGCGAGAACUCAGACUUCAUCCGCAUUGCGGUUAUGGAGAUGGCUAUGCGGAAAUGCGGCAAGCUUGAUGACCAGAAGCCGGGCCGAGCUCGGUGGGCGCUUCCUCCCCGUAAGACGAGCACGAAGCCGUAUGUGGUUGGGGCCGACGGGGUGCCUGCUCGAUGGGUCGCCGUCACUUACACGUACUAG